AUGAUUCGCCGAACUGCCUAUUGGUUGCGUCUGAUGAAGCUACUUCGAACAACGCCAACUAGACGAAAUGAAGCAGGAUUCCUCACCACAGCUGAAUUGAAGGAAGCAGAAGAUACGUUGAUUCGUCUGGUGCAGAAGGAAGUAUUCGCCGCUGAAUUGAAGGCAAUUUCGGCGGGAUGUAAUGUCUCAAAUAAAUCUCGGCUACGUUGGUUCAAUCCUUUUCUGUCCACGGACCUGCUGCUCAAACUUGGAGGACGACUCAAGCACUCAUUAGAGACGGAAAAUGCGAAGCAUCCCGUUGUUCUCCCAGCCCGGCAUCCGUUUACUCAACUACUUCUUCAACAUUACCAUGAACGUCUUUUCCACGCGGGGCCACAGUUAAUGCUGAGCGUAUUAAGAAUUCGAUUCUGGCCACUAGGAGGUGGGAGCGUAGUUCGGAACAUCGUUCACAGAUGCCAUAAAUGUUUCCGUUGCAAGCCCACUUCCGUGCAACAAUUUAUGGGAGAUUUGCCGGCUUCAAGAGUCACCAUAUCACGCCCGUUUUCAGAAACAGGGGUUGAUUACUUUGGCCCUGUGUAUCUCAGACCCGUUCCGCGACGUGCCACAGUUAAGGCUUAUGUGGCAGUUUUUGUCUGCCUGUGUACAAAAGCAGUUCAUCUGGAGCUGGUAUCUGAUCUAUCCACUGACAGGUUCCUACAAGCGCUUCGUCGAUUUAUAGCACGAAGGGGUCGAAGUACAAAUAUGUUCUCCGAUAAUGGAACGAACUUCGUUGGUGCUCGUAAUAAAAUGGAAGACCUGCUGAAGCUGCUGAAAGCCACGACCAUAACCAUGCUGUAUCCAGAGAGUGUGCCACGAAUGGAAUCCAGUGGCAUUUCAUACCCCCGAGUGCCCCCCAUUUCGGAGGGUUAUGGGAGGCAGCCGUUCGUUCAACCGAACAUCAUUUACUGCGCGUAA